AUGGAUAUGGAUGAUAAUCAUGCUAAAACUGGCUCAGAAAAGAAAAGAAAAAGAAUAACUAAUGACUAUGAAACCGAAUUAGACACGAGUAAGCCACGGAAAAUCCCAAGAACACUCACAGAAAAGGACGGUGAGAAGAGACUGAUUGUUAUCCUUGAAAAUGCUUCUCUGGAAACUGUUAAGGUGGGUAAGAAGUUUGAGCUGCUUAAUAGUGAAGAUCACAAAGGGCAGCUGGUCAAAUACGGUCGAGACGUGUCAUCUGCUCGGCCAGAUAUCACUCAUCAGUGUCUCAUGAUGCUGCUAGACAGCCCUCUCAACAGAGCUGGUCUCCUGCAGGUGUACAUUCAUACAGCCAAGAAUGUCCUUAUUGAAGUUAACCCACACGUCAGAAUUCCAAGAACUUUCAGACGAUUUUGUGGAUUAAUGGUUCAGUUGCUACACAAGCUGAGUAUUCAUGCUGAUGAUGGACCAAUGAAACUGAUGAAAGUAGUCAAGAAUCCCAUCACUGACCAUCUCCCAACUGGUUGCGUCAAGCUAGGUACCUCCUACCAUUCAGAAGAGAUGGUGGAUGUGAAGGCAUUUACCAAGGACAAGCCAGUUGUGUUUGUGAUCGGAUCUAUGGCUCAUGGAAAGAUUGAUGUUGACUAUGUGGAAAAAGAGGUCUCCAUUAGUGGAUAUCCACUCUCAGCAGCACUGACAUGUGCCAAAGUUUGCACCUCAUUUGAGUCAGGGUGGGGCAUUAAAUGAAGAACACUUACUAGCUUCUGUGUACACUCUACAAACUCGUAUUAUAAUUAUUAUAGGUAAUGUAAUCGUUGUUGUAUUAUAAUAAUUAUGUUUAUGUGUGGCAGUUAAGACUUAUAUACUAACCACAUCAAAAAUGUUUCUUCUGAAA